AUGGAGAAGCAGGGCUUCACCCCUGACAUCCCCAUUGGCAACCGCGAGGCGCCCGCCUCGCAGCCCGAGGAGGCGGCGGCAAUGGAGGGCGGCGGGGCCUGGCGCGAGGGCGAGGGCGAGGGCGAGAGCAAGGGCCGGGAUUACGGCCGCUUUGGUGUUGGGGACGACGAGGGCGCCGCGGAGGGCGGGUUCAGGGGCGGGCACGUCUCGCAGACCGGCCGCCGCGAGGGAUUUAGGGCUGCAUAG